AUCAUGUUACAGGACCCAGCCCCCCUGUUCAUGGGAGUCAAGUGCCAAGCUGCUGCCAGUGCUUUCAGGGAGACUUUACUGUUGAAGUCUUGAAGGGUGGUCUUUGUUCAGUUUCCUUCAUCUACAGAUCACAGCAAGCACAUCAGACCAAUGUUGUGGAAGUGACAGAAUAUCGCAAGUUCAGCCCCACCUCAGUUUGCAGAAUGCCUUGUUAGAAGUGACAGUCUUUUAUCAAGGCUGACUGUCAUCCCACAUGAUGGAGAGCAUUGUCAACAGUGUUAAGAAGAAGGCCACUGAGCGGCACCACAAAGCUGAAGUGAUGAUUGCUGGAGAGCAGCUCAGGCUGCGCCUGCAUGAUGCCAAGCUCAUAAAGGAUCGACGUUAUCAUCUUCGCACCUAUCCAAACUGCUUUGUGGCCAGGGAGCUCACCGAUUGGCUGAUUGACCACAAAGAGGCUCCGGAUCGAGAGACAGCAAUGAAGCUUAUGCAGAAACUAAUGUCUCACAAUAUCAUCCAUCAUGUGUGUGAUGAGUAUUCCGAUUUCAAAGAUGCAAAACUCCUGUACAGAUUCCGAAAAGAUGAUGGUACAUUUCCACUCAGCAAAGAAGUCAAAGUGUUUAUGAGAGGGCAAAGCCUCUAUGAGAACCUCAUUGGGUCCGAACAAUCCAUUAUGAAGGUGAGAGAAGAGAAUGGCAUGAAAUAUCAGCGCACAUUCCCCGGGUGCGAGAUGAUUGACUGGCUAAUUCAAAAUGGAGAGGCUGACUCCAGAAAAGAAGCCGUGGAGCUAUGCAGGGCCCUUCUGGAACAUGGAAUCAUUCAGCACGUCCUGCUCAGACACCAUUUCUUCGACAGUAAUCUACUCUACCAGUUUCGUAUCAACUUUCGACGGCGCAGGAGACUAACAGAACUGCUUAGUGAGAAUCUGCAACCCAUACAGGAAUGUACUGAUAGUCCCUUCUGUCUUCGCAAGCUGAACCCUGAGCCGAGCAAUAGCAGUUUCCUUUCAGUGCAUCCCAACAAGGAGAUUAAAGUGGUGUCAGCUUCUCGCCGGAGCAGCGUCACAUCACUGGCUGGAGGGCCCGGGAGUUACUUCAGCAACCCACCCAAUCUUGGCUCACAGCCUGUGGUAGAGUGCAACCCCAAAUCAGUGUUGAAGAGAAAAGUAACAAACGAGGAACUUCUCUCCCCUGGUGCCCCAUACAUUAAGAAAACAAUCACAAUUGUAGGUGAUGCUGUGGGUUGGGGAUUUGUCGUCCGUGGAGGAAGACCUUGUCACAUCCAGGCUGUUGACCCCGGUGGCCCUGCAGCAGCAGCUGGAAUCAAGGUACGUCAGUUUGUGUACUCUGUGAAUGGAAUAGGAGUGCUUCAUCUCGACUACCAGACCAUCAGUAACCUUGUUAUGACUGGUCCACGAACACUAGUAAUGGAAGUCAUAGAAGCCAUAGAGUGAUAAUCGGUCAAAUGCAUCGGCACCAGGUGUUUGGUGUUGAGAAAUACUAUUGGACUAAGACAGAGAAGAAAAGUUUCCUAAACCUCUUUGUGUGGAAAAUCAAUCAAAUGUGUUUAAAGGAAUGGCAUGAGGUAAAGGAGGAUAUCGGUAUGCUCUCUGUGACUUGUGUCUACUCACCUGUCAUCAAGUCUCAAAUUCUUUGUAUUUAAUAUUACUUGAAGAUGAUCUUCUUUUUCAAAGCAGGUGUUGAAUAAGUAUGAGAAAAAAUGGAAAGACAAACCCUUUGGUCAUUUUGGUCAGGAUGCAGUUUUGAAUUGCAAACUCAAAAGAUAAAACAGAAGUUUCCUAGAUAUGAGUGUCGAGAUUAUUACUUGCAAAGUAAGACGGAAUGGGCCUGCAGACUAAAUGGAACAGUGUGACCAAUAAUGAAGCCACAAAUUGUCAUCUUCUUUUUCAGAGAUAGAGGUAUAAUUUUAGACAAUCACUGGACUGGAAAACAAUUUGUAGAUCCUACCACUUACUUUUUUGGUAAACCAUAAUGCAAGUAUUUCAUUUUUAAUAAACAUAAACCUGGUUUACUGAUAA